AGGCACCUCCCAGGCUCUAGAGAUACAGUCAGUGGGCGGGGAAAGGGCGCUCCUCCCCUCCUUGUGUGUAAUGGGCCGCUCCGCCCUUUCGCUCAGCAGCACAGUCAGCCCUGAGCGCGCUUCGUAUCGGAGCUCCGGCCGAAAAUAGAGAUAACGCUCGCGGGAUACUAAUAAAUCUCAGUGUCGCUAACGACUCCCUUCGGAUUAUUUGUGGAUAUAAAUAGAUAUACCCGGGAAGGGCUUCUCCCCAACUGCUCAGGGCCAAUGACAGAGUUUGGAAUUCGGAACAUGGACCAAGUGGCUCCGGUGUAUAACGGCCACAGAGCAAUGCUCAAGCGCCAGUUAGCGUUCGACAAUGUCAGCGUGCCGACCUCCCUCUACUCUGGCUUGUUUUCUGCUUAUGAAGAAGAACAGGCGGUACCAACGGGCCUAGACUCUUACUCUCAUGAUUCCAGCAGCUGUGAGUUACCCCUGCUUACCCCGUGCAGCAAAGCUGUGAUGAGUCAAGCGCUGAAAAAUACGUUUAAUGGUUUUGCAAAGGAACGAUUCAGACUUGGCAUCCUCAGCAAUCCGUGGCUUUGGGAUGAGAAUAAUGUGUUUCAGUGGCUUUUGUGGGCCGCCAAGGAAUUCUCCCUGCAGAACGUGAAUUUUCAGAAGUUUCUCAUGAAUGGACACGAGCUGUGCAGCCUCGGGAAGGAAAGGUUUUUGGCUCUGGCUCCUGACUUUGUUGGGGACAUCCUUUGGGAGCAUCUGGAAGAAAUGAUGAAAGAACAUCAAGAAAAGGCACAGGAGCCGUAUAUUGACCAUUCUAACCAGGACUCCAUAAACCAUUGGAUGAAUGCAGAUUCCUUAAAUUUCACCACUGAUCCUUUGCAGUGUGGAGCACAAGUACACAAUUACCCUAAAAAUGGAAUGUUUAAUGAAAUGUGCUCAGUGCCUACUGGUCAAACUCUCCUCCACCCCAAACAAGAGUUCCAACAAUACUCCAGCUCUUGCCUUAAAUCCAGAGCGGUAAACUACUCACCCGCCAGCCAGGACUUUGCAAGGAGCAAUAUGAAUGCACUGCUCAAUUCUCUAAAUUCCGGCAAGUUGAGAGAUUAUGACUCGGGAGACAGUGGCACGGAAAGCUUCGAGAGCACCGAAUCUCUGCUACAGUCUUGGACGAGCCAGUCUUCUCUUGUCGACAUGCAACGAGUUCCUUCUUACGAUGGCUUUGAGGAAGAUGGCAGCCAGGCGUUAUGCCUAAAUAAGCCACCUAUGUCCUUUAAAGAUUACAUCCAAGACAGAUGUGAGCCAGCAGAACUAGGAAAGCCUGUUAUUCCGGCAUCUAUACUUGCUGGAUUCACAGGAAGUGGACCAAUCCAGCUGUGGCAAUUCCUGUUGGAACUUUUAACGGAUAAGUCAUGUCAGUCGUUUAUCAGCUGGACUGGGGACGGAUGGGAGUUCAAGCUGACUGACCCAGAUGAGGUGGCCCGUCGGUGGGGCAAAAGGAAAAACAAACCAAAAAUGAACUACGAGAAGCUUAGUCGAGGACUAAGGUAUUAUUACGACAAGAACAUUAUCCACAAGACGUCGGGGAAGAGAUACGUGUACCGAUUCGUUUGCGACCUUCACAACCUGUUGGGUUACACACCGGAUGAAUUGCACGCCAUGCUUGGCGUACAGCCCGACACAGACGAAUGAGCUGCUGGAGUGCGAACUAAAUCGUUGGCUUGAAGAGCACAUUAUUGUACUGCGAAAAGGAUCAUUUGGUGGGCUGUCCAAGAUGGCCGAACAGUGCAUGAGUUGAAAAGACUGGAAAAACACCAAAUCCGUGACAUGAAUUAGUGAUUUACUCCAUUCUCUUGGGUCGGAGUAAAGAUCUGAUGGAUGGCGCUUAUUGUUAUACAGUUGCUCACUUGAAAAAGAAGAUUGCACAUAAGUAACUCGUCGUGUAUGCUACUUUUAUGCGUCCCGCCUUAAGGAACUUCUUGUUUCAGUCCAUGAACGAGAAGAGAGGCGUUUUAGUUUGUUUAAAACUGUCGUGCUUGGAUAUCGGAUCAAGGCCUGGUGCCUGUUGCUGAACCACAUUCCAAGGAUCUGGGAGUUUUGAGAAUUCUCCAAAAGUCUUCAUUGGCAUCAUCUCUAAGUCAUGUAGAUAUUGACCAGGACCGAGUCACCAGGCUGUCCAUAUACACCCUCAUUUUUGUUUUUAAUGAACUGAAAAUGUGAUCAUGGCAUUCUCAUCAUUUCAAGACCGCUUGUAAAUAAUAUAUGAGGUUUUAUAUUUACAGAACUCAUUUUAUUUUGCCAGGUAUAUGUAUAUUUUAAUUAUUUGUAUUUUAAAUAUGAUUCUCGUUGUAAAUAUCGUAACGUUUCCUUUGCCGAGAGCAUUAAGACAGGAGCGCUAGGAAAGACUGUUUGUACAUGACUUGAUUACCGCUAUUUUUUUUUUUUUUUUUUUUUUAAAUGAAGCCUUGUGUUUCACAUGUGGGUGAUUUGAUGCCGAUUGUUCACAAUAUUGCACAACCGAUAGAAUGUCCCGUUCUCCUUUGCUGUACAUAAUUUGUUCACUGUUGUACUUUUUGUUUUUAAUUGCCGUUUGAUUUCAUAAUAUGAAUUCAUUAUAUAUAUUUUUUUCAAUGUAUUUGCCUCAUUUUCAUAGGCCAGGAGAAGUGUGUGUGUGUGUAGCAGCUUUUUUUACUGCAAUUUUUUUUUUUUUUUUUUUGUUCUUUUGAAAGGAAGUUGUAUUUUUUUAACAAGUGCCUUUAUGAAAACCUAUUUCUGUAACAUAUUUUUGAUUCAUAGGGGGGAAAGCAACUAAUGGAUCGAUUUAUGAUUAAAAUGAUCUUUUUUGUGAAAAGCAA